GUAUUUUGGCUUCCGGAGGGAGAGUGGGCCAGACCGCUGAGAACGAUUUUACAUAAGCAUAUAUAUACAUAUUUAUAUUUUAAAAGAUAUGUAUAUUUAUGUAUAUGUAUCAAAAUAUUAGGACGGGAAUAACUCUUUACUUGUUUUUACGGAUCAUCUUCUUCAUGAAAAACACCGCUUUGUAUUUGAUAAUAUAAAACUUUUUAAGAGGACACAAGAUAAAGGAAAAAGUGAUAAUAGAGCAGAAAGACAAAAGAGAAAACUCUUUUCUACUGAAACAGUGACAGACAAAGACAGAGCAGUGAGAGAGAGGAAACGAGAGAAAAAUAAAGCGUGUAUGUGAGAGAGAGAGAGAGAGAGAGAGAGAGAGAGAGCGAGAGAGAGAGCGAGGGAAGGAGACAGAGAAAAUAGACUAGAGAGAGAAAAAGAAAACGAAAUCACAUUUAAUAUUUUCGCAUACUUUGUGGAGAAAAGUCGACAAAAAUCGGGUAGGCUUUUUCUUUGCGGUCGAAUUUUAUUAAUCCGCUGCUUUUUCAUAUUUAAUAAUGGAACGGCAUUUUAGAGUUUCGAAUUACUUGUCUAGUUGCCUUGCCUUUGUAAGUAGUAAGUAGGUACGUUUCUGUAUGAUUAUUUAUAAAAAUGUUCUCGUUUUUUUUCACACUAUUUCUAUAAUUAUAUUUCGAAUAUUGAUCAUCGAAAGCUAGUUCUUUUCUUCUAAUUGGUCUCUGAUUGUUUCUGAGCCAAUAUUUAGAUAACCGCUUAUAGGUCGUUGUGAAAAAUGUUAAAAACACACAAUUACGAAAAGAACAUACGUAUUUGAACAGGAUUUUCUUACUUUCUUUCACCCCCUCAAUCCUUUUCGAAUACAGUUAUUUUUUUUUUAAUAUAUUUUAUUCUCUUAUUCCUUUAUAUCCCUCUUAACUCCGGUAACCCUCUACCCCCUUAGUCUUUGUGUGUCUCUCUCUGCUGCUCGCUAUCCGUCUUCCUGCCUUUCUUAUUCUCUCACUUCACUUACUUUACCUUCUCCUUGCUCCCUAGCACUCUACCUCCCUUAACGUUUUCCUUAGCUCAAUCAUUCACUCACUCAUUCUGUAAGAGAAGGCAACAGUUUGGCAGCGUGUUUAUAAGCAUGCAGAAAAAGCAUAUCGUUGCUUACAAACAGUCCGACUUCUAUAUACUUUAGCACUUGUUUUCCAAUGCGCAUGCGUAUUUGAAUACGGUGGGGAACAAGUGUUACGAACUCGCCAGCACAAUACUGCAAUAGUUUUUCAUAUUCAAUAUUAUAAUUUGAAUUUGUUUUUACAACUAUUUUAUACCGUGCUGAACCAUUCACACAGGCUAAAGGAGGAUGUAAUGUCGCCAUCGGCUGUCUUUUUCGCUCUUCUUUUUAAAACCUAUCUUCUCCUAGUAGAAGGCGACAGGAAGACAACUUUAACAGUAGCUGCUCUCUUCGAACACGAACGAGUAGAUGCCGAAUCUGUGUUUGGUUUCGCUGUGGAGAAAUAUAAUUCGGAUAGAAACGGCGCCUUUCACCUGCAAUACGACAUUAGUCACACGCCUGCCGAUGACAGUUUCUUAGCGUCUAAAAAAGGUUAGAGCCAGAGUGAUAGAUGCGUUUGAAAAGAGAGAUUGAAUUAAUUUGCGGUUCUAUUUUUUUCAAUAUGCAGUCCGCCAGCAUAAGUCUAUAUUGUAAAGAAAGUUUUAUUGAAUGGUCUAUGCAAAUUUUACAGAACUACGAUUAUUGCUAAUUAUACACUUGAUAUUCGUGAGGUACGAAAAAAUACUAAUGCAAAGAGAAUGAGCAAAUAAAAAAAAGGGGCGGUCAGAGAAAGCACUGAAGCGUUUGAAAGUUUGCGGUCCGAAUGCAGAUGGUAACAGCUGUGAGCAGUUUUUCGCGUAUAUUUUUUUAGGGGAGGUUAGAGGAUGGAACGGAACGGUAGUGUGUCAUUUGCAAGUGGAAUUUUCUUUUCAUCACCUCUCAGAGCCUAAGGCUCUGUUCUUUCCGCGAAGAGUUUGGCCGCGGAAAACGUCUACAUUUUUCGGCGUCACUAUAAAUUGACGCGCCAACCAAUUCGUUUUGGCAUUGUAGCUCAUUAAUUAAACAACCUCGCGGCAAGAAAAUGCUCGUUUAGUACUCUCUUCCACUUUUUUUUUAUUUCUUCACUUCCUUUUCUUUUUCUUUUGUAUUUUAUCUCCUGCUUUCAUAGUUUGCAGGGCCUUACGGACGAAGAAUGGUAUUGUUGCCGUAUUUGGGCCCCAUUCGCCACAUCCAUCCGCCCAUGUUCAAUCAUUGUGUCACACGAUGGAAAUUCCACACAUAGAGACUUCCUACAGGAGGUCGGAAUCUUCCGAACAAUCUUCGAUCAACUUAUAUCCAGAUUUCGAGUUACUAUCAAAGGCGUUUACAGCUUUUAUCAGUCGAGCCGGCUGGGAGAAAUUCGUUAUUUUAUACAAAGAUGCUGGGAAUUUGUUACGGUUGGAGCAAAUAUUCAAAUUAUCUUCUAUUAAGGGGAACAAGAUUAUGUUCGGAAAGUUGGAAUCAGAUGAAUCACCGCCAAAUUACAGGCCUAUCUUACAACGUAUAAAGAAGCGAGAAAACUUUAAUAAUAUCGUAUUGGAUUGCGAUAUCGAUGAAGUUAGAGUUAUAGUAGAUCAGGCAUCAAGUUUAGAUAUGUUAUCAAGCUAUUACAAGUACUUUUUAACGUCGUUGGACAUUGAAUUAUUGGAGGUUAGGAAACAUAAUCCAGUAAAUAUAACUGGAUACCGUUUAAUAAACCCCAAUAAUGCCAUGGUUAAGAAGUUUGUAAGAGAAUACAGAGGCAGGAAGAGGGUUACUUCUAUAAAGACGGAAUUGGCGUUAAUUUACGAUUCCGUAUUCGCGUUAACUAACGCAUUGGAGGAAGCCAACAAAGGACACGUUAUAAGGCCAAUUCCCCUUUCUUGUUCGAAAUCCGACGCUUGGGAAGAUGGAUCGACCAUAAACAACUUAUUGGCAAAUACCCGUUUGGACGGCCUAACCGGACGAAUAGAAUUCGUUGACGGUAAACGGAGAAACUUACAAAUGGAUUUAGUGGAAAUAAAUUUCAGCGGUGAAACGGAAAAAGUCGGCUAUUGGAACGUAUCGACCGGAUUAAACAUAACCAGAAAUUACUCUCAAUUGAAUGAUAAAAUCACAGAUUCUUUGCAAAAUAAGACGCUUCGUGUGACUACUAUUGCGGAGGAGCCGUAUAUCUUUGUAAAGAAUGAUUCGGAGGGCAAUAUAACUUUCGAAGGUUAUUGCGUGGAUUUGCUUGAGGCUAUUUCGAAAAUGCACAAUUUUAAUUACUCCAUUUAUCUUGUACCCGACAUGAAUUACGGUGUUGAGGAUAAAUCCGGUAAUUGGAAUGGAAUGGUCGGUGAAUUAAUUAAUAAAAGAGCCGAUUUAGCUGUCGCUUCAUUGACUAUAACGUACGAUCGAGAGCGAGUUAUUGAUUUUACGAAACCGUUUAUGAAUUUAGGCAUAUCAAUCAUAUUUAAGAAACCAGAGAAAAAGGACCCAUACUUGUUCUCUUUUUUGUCACCUCUAUCCUUUCAAAUAUGGUUAUACGUGUUAGUUGCCUAUUUGGGCGUAAGCUUUACUUUAUUUAUCGUUGCUCGCUUCUCUCCUUACGAAUGGUAUAACCCGCAUCCCUGCGAUAAGGAUUCUGAUGUUGUGGAAAAUCAAUUUACUUUGCUCAAUAGCCUUUGGUUCACAAUUGGUUCGCUAAUGCAGCAGGGUUCGGAGGUGGCACCUAGAGCUGUCUCAACGCGUCUCGUUAGCGGCAUUUGGUGGUUCUUCACAUUAAUUAUAAUAUCUUCUUACACUGCUAAUUUAGCUGCAUUUCUUACCGUUGAACGGAUGGUUUCACCAAUUGAGAGUGCAGAUGAUUUGGCCAAACAAGUAGCUAUCAGAUAUGGAACAUUGAGGGGUGGUUCAACCAUGGCUUUUUUCCGCGACUCCGAAAUUGAAACUUAUCAACGUAUGUGGAAAUUUAUGGAAAAAACAACCCCGUCUGUUUUUGCAAACACGACAGAGGAAGGUAUUAAGAGGGUCAAAAAAGGUAACUACGCUUUUCUACUUGAAAGCACUAUGAAUGAAUAUAAGGUGGAGAGAGAUUGUGAUCUUAUGCAAGUCGGCGGUCUAUUAGAUUCGAAAGGAUACGGUAUAGGAACGCCGAUGGGUUCGAUAUGGAGGGAUAAGAUUUCUAGUAGUAUACUCAAAUUGGCCGAAGACCAAAAACUGCAAAUCUUUUAUAAUAAAUGGUGGAAAGAGAAGGGCGGCGGUGGACAAUGUGAAACGGACGAUAAAAAGCAAAAGGACGCUAACGCGCUAUCUAUUGCUAACGUGGGCGGCAUAUUUGUAGUCCUCUUGGGAGGGCUCUCCUUAUCACUUAUCGUAGCCGUUCUGGAAUUUGUCUGGAAAGCUAAUAAGAAUGCUGGAGAGGAUAGGAGAUCCAUCUGUCAAGAGAUGGCGGACGAAUUACGAUUCGCCGUUCGAUGUACAGGAUCGUCGACCAAGUCACUAAGUAAUCCAGAACAUAAGAGGCCAAGAAAAACAACUGUUACUGAUAAUGGUCUUACUCUAAUGCCUCUCACUGGAUCCUACACUUACAACGGAAGCGGUCGUUCGGCCUCUUCAAAAUACAUCUCAACUUAGGCAUAAAGAAAUAUAUAGUAGAUGUACAAUAAUCAAAUACUCAUGCCCUGGUGCUCUUUGCUCACCUGAAAUUUAUUCGUUUCCAAAUGUGCCAAUUUAAAACAUCGUAUUCCGCGAGUAUAACAUGUAUCGUGUAUUAUACAUAUUACUCAAUUUUAAUUGUAAUAUAUUCUUAAUGCAAUUUGCAGUUUCAGCGCUUCAAUAUGUAUAGUACCAAUAUAUUUUUCGUGUAAUACAGUAUAUAUAUAUAUAUAUAUAUAUAUAUAUAUAU